CUGCGUGGAAGGUCCUGCGAGUCAGCGUGCGUCACGCAACCUCCUCGACGUCGCCUACCUGUGCUCGCUAUAAGAAGCUGACGCCGGGAACAGAGCGACACUCUCAGUACAGCAUCCGUCGUCUGAGCAGCCUUCUCUGACAGGCCAGCAAUGUCGGCGGUGACGUGCAGCUCGUGCUCGUUCUACGACGCUCCGGUGAUCGGCGAGGCGUGCGGCAGCUCGUUCGUGGCGUUCAUGACGGCGCUGCAGGCGCUGCUGCAGGCGCGCUGCGACAUCUCGGACGCGUGCCGGCGCGCCGGCCACGACGCCUCCUCGCUGCAGGCCGGCGCUGACGUCGGCGGCGUGCCGGUGUACGACUACGUGGUGGUGGGCGCCGGGCCGGCGGGCAGCGCGCUCGCCGCCAGGCUCAGCGAGGACGCGGCCAGCACGGUGCUGCUUCUCGAGGCCGGGCCCGAGGAACCCACCAUCACCGAGAUACCCACCUACGCCAUGUCCGGCGUCGGCACCGUCGUCGACUGGAACUACACCACGGUAGCCCAGGAGAACGCUUGCCUGGGGCAGGGCGGCCUGUGCAGCUGGCCGAGGGGCAAGAUGGUGGGCGGUUCCGGGUCCCUGAACGGCAUGAUGUACACGCGUGGCCACCGCUCCAUCUUCGACGAGUGGGCGAGCAACGGCAACUCUGGCUGGGGCUACGACGACGUGCUACCCUACUUCAUCAAGAGUGAGCACAACCUGAACCCGGAGGAGGUGGACGAGGGCUUCCACGGCACGGGUGGCCCCAUGGUGGUACAGCACUUCCCGUACGCGCCGCCGCUCACCGAGUACGUCAUCGCCGCCGGAGAGGCCAUCGGCUACCGCAGAGGCGACCUCAACGGCCAGAACCAGACGGGCAUCAACAGGGCGCAAGCCAUGGUCUACCAGGGGCUCCGACACGAGCCCAGCAGGUCGUACCUGAGGCCGGCGGCGGACAGCCGCGACAACAUCGAGGUGGGCAUCAACGCGCACGUGACCAAGGUGCUGAUCGACCCCGCGACCAAGAAGGCGUACGGCGUGCAGUACCUGGACUCGAACGGCACGCAGCACACGGUGCAGGCGCGCCGCGAGGUGGUGCUGUCGGCGGGCGCCAUCGGCUCCCCGCAGCUGCUGCUUCUGUCCGGCGUGGGCCCCGCCGACCACCUGGCCAGCGUCGGCGUCGAUCUGGUGCACGACCUGCCCGGCGUCGGCCAGAACCUGCACAACCACGUCUCCGUGGGCGUCGGCUUCUACAUCAACGACUCUUCCACUGAGGUGCUCACCAACUACUCCAUCGCCGAGUUCCUCACCAACCGCGACGGACCCAUGUCCAGCACCGGGCUCACACAGACCACCGGCUUCUUCCUCUCUUCCUACGCCACCAACGGAGUUCCCGACCUGCAGGUGUUCUUCGACGGCUACAGCGCGCGUUGCUCGGCCACCGGCAACCCCUUGGAGUGCACAUCCGGAGAGAUCGCAGACGACUGCGGCAAGCGCUACAUCAGCGCGCGGCCAACCAACGUGAUCCCGCUCAGCCGCGGCUACCUGCGCCUCAACUCGUCCAACCCACUCGACUACCCCAUCCUGCAGCCCAACUACCUGCAGGAGGACCAGGACGUCCAGGUGCUCGUCGAUGGCAUCAAGAUCGUCAUCAGGAUGACCGAGACUGAAGCCCUCCAGCAGUGGGGAUUCCAGAUCAACGAUCUGCCCGUCGACGGCUGCGAGGACCUCGAAUUCGGUUCUGACAGCUACUGGGCGUGCGUGGUGAAGCGGGCGACGGGUGCCGAGAACCACCAGGCGGGCACCUGCAAGAUGGGCCCCGCGUCCGACCCGCUGGCCGUGGUAGACGAGCGCCUGCGGGUGCACGGCGUCUCCAGCCUGCGCGUCGUCGACGCGUCCAUCUUCCCGCGCGUGCCCAACAGCAACCCUACGGCCGCCAUCGUGAUGGCCGCAGAGAAGCUGGCCGACAUGAUCAAGGAGGACAACGCGGACACCAGUGGCUCCAGCUCCAGCGGCUCCAACGGCUCCAACGGCUCCAGCCAGCCCGUCUGGCCCGGCGUCAGCGACGGUUAUGGCGGCUCGGGCAGCAACUGGGGCGGCAGCUCAGGCAGCCACCACGGUGAAGCCCCCCACCACUCGGCACAUGACGCUCAUCACGACAAGCCCUGGGAUGCACAUCACUUGUGGCCGUCUCACAGCAGUGCCGGCAUCGUCUGGGGAUGAUACAGCACAGCAAUAGCUCAACACUAGGCUUGCUACCGUACUGUAACUCGAAGCUAUACAAGUUUAAAUAAAAGCUAAAUAUUAUGAAAAUA